CUGUUCAGUCCUCCCUCACAUCCCUGCAAGGUGUUUCGUCUCUCUAUUACAUUACUCAUUAACAUAGAUUACAAGUUUCGAGUGAGGAGGACGUAAACAGCAGGCUGGUGUGCUGAAACUGAAGCACAGCGCAUCAGCUAACCGAACCCUGAACUGCAGAACUGAGCUAUUGAAGAAAUCGGGAACGUGUUUUCAGUCGAGGGGAACCAGCUGAAGUUUUUGGGAACCACAAUGUCUUCAAAACCAUAUGGAAGCCCUCCGCCCUAUCAGCCCGGGAGUGGAUAUAACCCGUCAAACUUUGCACCGAGCAGAGACAUAUACGGGGAGCCUAUGGGUUCCCAGCCUGCAUUCUCCUACUAUCCAGAGGAGGAGAAGGAACAGAAUUUCUACAAGUGGAAUUCCCCGCCAGGAAUCAUCAAGAUCCUCUCUGUAAUCAUCGUCGUCCUGUGUGUCGGCAUUUUUGCCUGCAUAGCUUCCACACUGGCUUGGGACACAGACAUGACCAACGUGGGGGGCAUGGGCAUGGGUAUGGGCACAGGAAUUGGGGGGUACGGCGGCACCUAUGGGAGUGGCUUCGGCUCGGGCUCCUCAUCUUACGGCGGCUACAGCGGGGCAGGAUUGGGCGUCGGAGGCAACUACACCGACCCCCGCACAGCCAAGGGCUUCAUGAUUGCCAUGGCCGCCAUUUGCUUUGUCGCGAUGCUGGUGGUCUUCAUCAUCACUGUCUCCAGGUCGAACAUAGGCAGGUCGCGCAAGUUCUACCUGGCUGUGAUCAUCUUCUGCACCAUCCUUGCCAUCAUGAUAUUCAUCGCCACUAUCGUCUACCUCAUUGGGGUGAACCCCACUGCGCAGGCUGCCGGCUCUGCGUUCUACAACCAAGUGGUCAUGCUGUGCGCGCAGUUCCAGAACCCACAGCAAUCAGGGAUCUUCAUCAACCAGUAUCUGUACCACUACUGCGUCGUGGAACCACAAGAGGCCAUUGCCAUUGUGUUUGGCGUGAUCGUCACUGUGGCAUUGGCCAUUAUCAUUUUCUUUGCUGUGAAAACACGCGGCAAGAUAAAUAAAUAUGGGAAAAUGAACAUCAACUGGGAAAAGGAGCAUGUUCCAGUAGAAGGAACAGCCAAUGUCGAGGACUGGGUCAACAACGUGACGGGAGAGCCGGGUGAUCUGGUGUCCGACUAUCCGGAGAAAUUCAACAGCUCAAUGUGCGUGGUGGAUGAGGAGCCCAGCAGAUUCCAGUCCCCUCCUCCUCUGAGCAAUCCUUCCCCCAAAGUGUUCAGCAGCAGCUCGGAUGACCUGUCGACUCAGGGGAAGCCUCCCAAGAGGAGACCGGGUCGGGCCAGGAGAACAGACACACAGGGCUACGACACGGACUACACCACCGGAGCGGAGUCCGGGGAGGAGCUGGACAACGCCGACCUUGAAAGAGAGUACCCACCAAUCAGGGGAGACCAGCAGAGGCAGGAGUACAAGUGCGAGUUUGACGCUGACCUGCAGGAAUACAAGAAGCUGCAGGCGGAGAUGGACGAAAUCAACAAGGACCUGUCUCGACUGGACAGAAAGCUGGACGAGCUGCAGGAGGGGACGCAGGAGUACGAGUCUGUUGCUGAUGAAUUUUACUUAUUAAAGGACGAAAAGAAAUCUGCCGACUAUCAGAAGAAAAAACAGCGCUGCAAAUACCUGAAAGCAAAACUGUCUCACAUCAAGAAGAUGGUCGCUGACUAUGACCGAUCAUGAACACCCCAAUGUACAGUGUGCCAACACAGCCUCUGUGAUACCAGCAUUGAAUCUGUGAGGAGGAGGAGAAAACACACGGGCCAUUCAACUGAGUGCUCGUGAUUUGUAUGUAACUUUUUUGUAUGUGGUUUUAAUUAAAUAAAUAACUAAAAUAUUUGGAGAAAGAGGAUCAGUAAAAUGCUAUAGUGCUUGCCUUGUUUCUGACCUGUCCUAAUUAACAUUAAGUGUGAUCUAUUAAAAAGAACAGACAACUGUUUUUUGUCAAAUCACAUAAUUAAAUGUUUUAGCUGUCAAGAUAACUGGGAGGGUUAAGGUUAUAUAGACUUGUACAACCUUAUCUUUGUGUUCUGUUAUAAUGCAGUGUGUAGCUUAUUGACCAGUGUCUUUGGUUAUGAGUUCUUUUAUUUUUUUAUUGGGCGCACAUUAUUGCAGGUUAACUAUUUUUUUAUAUUUGGUUACUGACCAUUGAUUGAACCCACAGUCACCAGCCUCCACAGACUGCUCUGCCUGUCAUGGUUUUGUCACUGAAAUAAGGGUUGUUUUACCACGUUUAGUGCUAGCAGUAGUUUGUAAAGACAGAUGGAAUCUUCCUCUGUCAUGAGUUUGUUUACUUUUCUGGAAUUGAACACAUUUUGAAAAGUUUUGUAAAUACAAAUGUACGAUUUGAUAUUUGAUUAGAUUUUUAAAAUAUCAGUUUUUGAAUUUGUGUACAUAUAUAUUUUUUUUAAUUCAUUGGUGGUGUUCAUCUGUUUUUUAUGGCAUCUCUUUGUAUAAGCUAAAUAAUAAUUGUUUAAAAAAUAAAUAAUAUGUGAACAGGGAUUGGUCAAAUUACAGCUGUUGCAGUCUUCAAGGAAUCCUAUUGUAUACACUGAAUUACAGCUGUUGCAGUCUUCAAGGAAUCCUAUUGUAUACAUUGAAUUACAGCUGUUGCAGUCUUCAAGGAAUCAUUGUAUACACUGAAUUACAGCUGUUGCAGUCUUCAAGGAAUCCUAUUGUAUACAUUGAAUUACAGCUGUUGCAGUCUUCAAGGAAUCCUAUUGUAUACAUUGAAUUACAGCUGUUGCAGUCUUCAAGGAAUCCUAUUGUAUACACUGAAUUACAGCUGUUGCAGUCUUCAAGGAAUCAUAUUGUAUACAUUGAAUUACAGCUGUUGCAGUCUUCAAGGAAUCAUAUUGUAUACACUGAAUUACAGCUGUUGCAGUCUUCAAGGAAUCCUGUUGUAGAAAUUAAAUUGCCUGUAAGGUUUGGUUUUCAGCAAAUGUUUUAGUAUUAUAUGCGAAAUGUCAUUAAAUGUGAAAGUUCA